AUGCCUGAGUUAAAGCGGGAUUGUUUUAGUAUUUCAGAUGUUUCAGCUUUAUUAAAAGAAGAAAUUGAUGAAGAUGAGAAAAGUCUUUGUUUGGGACUAGUUUUAGAUUCUGGGAAAGAGAAGAAAGAAACUCGUGAUGAUUUAAACUCUAAAAGCAAUGAAGAACUUAAUUUAAAGUUUAUCUUCAAAGAAUGUGGUCCCGAUGUGAAAAUUAGUGAAAAAUCAAAGGCUCAAAAUAAUGAGAGAAAUAGAAAGAAUUGUAAUCUAGAAAAGAAACAGAAGGAGGAAGUAAAAGAACAAAAGAAAGAAGUUAGUAAUAAACAAAAAGAGGAAACUACUAAUGGUAAGAAAAACAUAGGAAAGGAGCAACAGAAAGAAAUGAGUAAGAAAGAGAAAGAAGAAACUGAUAAGAACAAGAAAAAUAUGGGAAAGGAGCAAAAGAAAGAAGUUAGUAAGAAACAGAAAGAGGAAACUGCUAAGGACAAGAAAAACACAGGAAAGGAUCAAAAGAAAGAAGUUAGUAAGAAACAAAAAGAGGAAGCUGCUAAGGACAAGAAAAAUAUGGGAAAGGACCAAAAGAAAGAGGUUGGUAAGAAACAAAAAGAGGAAACUGCAAAGGAUAAGAAAAGUAUAGGAAAGGAGCAAAAGAAAGAGGUUAGUAAGAAACAAAAAGAGGAAACUGCUAGGGGUAAGUUAAAAGAGGUAGACAAAAAUCAGAAAAAAGAGUUCAAAAAAGAGAAAAAAGAUUUUGAAAAAGAGGAUAAUACCAUUUUAAAAAAAACUGGUAAAGAAGAUAACUCGUCCGCAAAAGAUUUUCACAUUAAAAUCCCAUAUAGAGAGACUAACCAUAUUCCGAGUUGUCUAUUUGAGCCCGAUAAUAUGGAUAGUUCUGACCCUCUCAGAAUCAGUAAAUAUAAUGUAUAUAUACAUGAGACAAGCAGGUUAUUUAGUGUGGAUACUGCAUGUAGAUAUGUAUUUAUUAAAAGAAUAUCUAGAUUAGAUAAUGCAAUCCAGCAUGUAAUUGACGAAGGAUGGAAUGCUUUUGCAUGUAAAAGAGAUCAUAAAGACUUUCAAAAUUUAAUGACAACCAAUAUUUCUGAGAAGCUGCUUGAAGAUUAUGAUUUAACUGCAAAUGUGGAAAAAAUUGAAGGAUAUGAACCAUUAGAUCUCCCAAAAACUAGAAUAACUUUCCAUGCUAAUCCAAUAAUAAUGAAUAAUUAUAACCAAGACUUAAAUAUUGUAAAUACAAAUUAUGAUUAUAAUGAUAAUUUAUCCAACAAUAAUAGUAAUCAUUUUAAUGUUAAUAUUCACCAAACAAUUUCAAAAGAAUGA